CACGUGAGGUAAUGAUGGGAAACCGGAAGUGAGCGCUGGUGUCGUGUGUGAGUGUGGUAGGAGACGGUAUUGGUUAGUUUGAAGAUCGCGGAUAGAGCGGUGGAGCUCACACCACGUUACCCCCCCCACAAGCCCCCCGUUAUCGGGGGUAGAUUACGGAGACGGAGCGGGCCCUGUGUUGUGUCCUGUAGUGAAGCGGCCAUCACCCCGUCAUGAAGAGCAGCGUGGCGCAAGUCAGAAAUUCUUCCAGUUAUGACAGAAGAGACACUUACAGUUCUCGACAUGGAAGUUCUUCACCAGAGGACAGGUCUAGAGAAAGAGACAGGUCACUUUCUCCAUGUGAUAGAGGCUACUCUGAUCGCACUAGAGGCUACAGAGACCGUGACCGAUAUGAUGAUGAGAGGCCAAGAAAUGGAAGAUAUGAGAGAUCAGAAUACAAAAGGGAUCGGGAUCGAGAUAGAUCAAGACAAGAUCCAGACAGAGAUUCAGAUAGAAAUCAAGAUAGAAGAUCACCACCUCCAUCUAGGAAUGAAGAGAGAUCAGAAGCACAAGAGUCCACUGAGCCUCCAGUGAAGAAAAAGAAAGCUGAAAUAGAUCCCAUUCUUACUCGUACGGGUGGAGCUUAUAUCCCACCUGCUAAGCUGCGUAUGAUGCAAGAACAAAUAACUGACAAGAGCAGUUUAGCUUACCAGAGAAUGAGCUGGGAGGCAUUGAAGAAGUCAAUCAAUGGUCUCAUCAACAAAGUGAACGUAUCUAACAUUGGGAAUAUUAUCCAGGAACUCCUGCAGGAAAACAUUAUUCGGGGCAGAGGUCAGCUGUCUAGAUCUAUUCUCCUUGCUCAGAGCGCUUCUCCCAUUUUUACACAUGUCUAUGCUGCUGUGGUGUCCAUUAUCAACUCCAAGUUCCCUCAGAUUGGAGAACUCAUUCUAAAGAGGCUCAUCCUAAAUUUCCGUAAGGGAUACAGAAGAAAUGAUAAGAAACUUUGUUUAACGGCUUCAAAGUUUGUUGCUCAUAUCAUUAAUCAGAAUGUGGCCCAUGAGGUGCUGGCACUAGAAAUGCUGACGUUGCUGUUGGAAAGACCUACAGAUGACAGCGUUGAAGUUGCUAUUGGUUUUUUAAAGGAAUGUGGGCUUAAGCUAACUCAAGUAACACCCAGAGGUAUUAAUGCUAUAUUUGAGCGUCUUCGAAACAUUCUUCAUGAGUCGGAAAUAGACAAACGUGUCCAGUACAUGAUUGAAGUCAUGUUUGCUGUAAGAAAGGAUGGCUUUAAAGAUCACCCGGUUAUCCCAGAAGGGCUGGAUCUGGUAGAGGAAGAUGAUCAGUUUACACACAUGCUUCCACUGGAAGAUGAUUAUAAUCCAGAAGAUGUUCUUAAUGUCUUCAAGAUGGACCCCAAUUUCCUUGAAAAUGAAGAGAAGUAUAAGACCAUUAAAAAAGAAAUUCUGGAUGAAGGUGACAGCGAUUCAGAAGGAGAAGAGGGGGGAAGUGAUGAUGACAGUGAUGAUGAUGACGAUGAAGAGAAUGAAAAGGAAGCUGGCGAGGAAGGAGAGAAGAUAACCAUUCAUGACAAAACUGAAAUUAACCUGGUUGCGUUUCGACGGACCAUUUAUCUUGCAAUCCAGUCAAGUUUAGAUUUUGAAGAAUGCGCACACAAGCUAAUAAAGAUGGACUUUCCACAAAGUCAGACGAAAGAACUGUGCAACAUGAUACUGGAUUGCUGCGCUCAGCAGAGAACGUACGAGAAGUUUUUUGGUUUGCUUGCCGGGCGUUUCUGUUUGUUAAAGAAAGAAUACAUGGAGGCUUUUGAAAACAUUUUUAGAGAGCAGUAUGAGACUAUUCACCGCCUGGAAACGAACAAACUGAGAAAUGUUGCAAAGAUGUUUGCCCAUCUCCUGUACACGGACUCUGUUCCUUGGAGUGUUCUGGAGAGCAUAAACCUUAGCGAAGAAACCACAACCUCAUCGAGUAGAAUAUUUGUGAAAAUAUUCUUCCAGGAACUGUGUGAAUAUAUGGGGCUUCCAAAGCUUAAUGCCAGGCUAAAGGAUCCAACCCUCCUGCCGUUUUUUCAAGGAUUACUGCCUAUGGAUAAUCCAAAAAAUACUCGCUUUGCUAUCAACUUUUUUACCUCGAUUGGCCUUGGAGGAUUAACGGAUGAACUACGCGAGCAUCUGAAGAACGCACCAAAAAUGAUCAUGACCCAGAAGCAGAAUGUAGAAUCCUCAGACUCUUCAUCUUCAGAUUCAUCAUCUUCAGAGUCUUCCUCUGACUCCAGCAGCGACUCCAGUUCCAGCAGUGACUCAGAUUCUUCAAGUAGAAGACGCAAGACCUCAAAAAAGGGCAGAGUUAAAGAGAAGACCUCAAGAAGGGAGAGAAGUAAAGAAAAGACAAAGAAAACAAGUUCCAGAAAAGACGAUUCUGAAGAGAGGCAAAGAGAAAAGAAACGUCACAAAGAUAGACCGGAUGAUAGACAAUCCAGCAGAUCAGACAAGAGCUCCAAACACUCUUCACAUUCAAGAAGCUCUCGGAGAUGAUCCUUAUUAUUUUAUUUUUUAACACCUCUUGUAAUAUAAGGUUAUGUAAGUGGGAAAGUAACUUUUAACACGUGGUUGGCCAAUGCUUUAUCCUUUUCCUGUUCUCCAUUAUGGUUGUAGAAUCAUCUGCCUGAAAAUCACUUUUCAGCUGAAGACUCCAUGAGCAGACCUGUUUCUAUGGGAGCUAUAUUAAUUGACAGUAGAGCCAAAUAAAAGCUGUAUUUUAGCAGCUGGGACGUAAAAUCUGUGUUUUUACGUUUUUGAACCUUGUUUUUCAUGUCUAUUAAAAAGCGGUCUUUUAUAAUAAGUGGUUGGUUUAA